UGGCUGGCUGGCGGGGUCUGAGUGUCACACUGACCCUCGCUGGACGAGGACUAGGCUACCUGUGUACAACUGCUGACUCUCUAUACCGCUCCCUGAGCCUCUCUCACCACCACCAUGCAUGAUGUAUUCGGAGGAAUCCGGAACCUAAUGAAAAUAGGUUCCCUGCACAUAGAUAACAAUGUCUUCAGACUACACUACAAGGCUACGAUGUUCAUCUUAGUGGCGUUCAGCUUACUCAUAACGCAGAAGCAGUACUUCGGCGACCCCAUCGACUGCCUGGUGGAGGGCGUGGACGCCGAAAUCAUGGACACCUACUGCUGGAUCCACUCCACCUACACCAUCCCCUCCCUCGCUGGGGCAGAGGUGGGCGUGGACGUGGCCCAUCCUGGCGUCGCCGGGAACACCGUUAUCGGCAUGGGAGGAGAAGGGGUCAAGCAGGAGAUCAAGCAUCACAAGUACUACCAGUGGGUCACCCUCUUCCUCUAUCUACAAGCGAUCAUGUUCUACAUCCCCCGCUACCUGUGGAAGGUGUGGGAAGGAGGAAAGCUGAAGAUGCUGGCGGAUCAGCUAGACUCCCCCAUCGUAGACGACGAGGCUAAGAAGGACCGUAAAACCAUGCUUGUCAACUACUUCACUCUCAAUCUCCACCGACAGAACACCUACGCCUUCAAGUUCUUUAUCUGCGAAGUUCUUAAUUUCAUCAAUGUCAUCGGUCAGAUCUACCUGACCAACAGAUUCCUGGGCUACGAGUUUUCGACGUACGGCACCCGGGUCGUCAACUUCAGCGAGCAGGAGAUCGGAACGCGUUGGGACCCGAUGGACGAGGUGUUCCCCAAGGUGGGCAAGUGCACCUUCCACAAGUAUGGCGCCUCUGCCUCUAAGGAGACGCAUGACGGCCUCUGCGUCCUCCCCCUCAACAUCGUCAACGAGAAGAUCUUCAUUUUCCUUUGGUUCUGGUUCAUCAUUGUGGCUGUGUGUUCUGGGGCUGGACUGCUCUACCGCCUGGCCACCUUCCUUCCUAUCGUAAGACACACGCUCCUUAGGGUCAGAUCCCGUCUCUCCGACUCCCUAACAGUCCGCUGUGUCACCCACAAGUGCCAAAUUGGUGACUGGUUCCUCUUGUAUCAACUAGCUAAAAACAUGGACCCACUGAUCUACAAGGAGUUUAUCAUCGAACUGGCCAAUAGUCUUCAAGGGAAACCGACAUAAACAUUCGGAAAGUCUCACCGCCAAAACCAGAUGGAAGACAGAGAUGGAAGAGGCGGGAACAAAGUCUGGUUCAAGUUCAAGUAUGUUUAUCGAGACAAGAAAGAAAUACAUCUCAAAGGGAUAGAGUAGGCUAUUUCUACCCCCCAAGAAGUCUGGUCCCAUGGUGGGGGGGGCGUUCUCUACCCCCCCCUCCAUGCACGCGCGUGGGUGAGGCUCCCAGGAUGGCGUUCACCCCCCCCCCCUUCCCCCGCACGCGCGUGGGUGAGGCUCCAGACAAUGGGACUGUGCAGGUGGACGCCAGAAAUCGAGUUAAUCUGUGAUAUAUAAACAUUACAACCUGUCACUCAAAAAUAAUCGUAGCUAUAUCUACCGACCAAAAAAGUCAAUUUUGUACUCCUCAUUUUGUAAAUGCGAGAAAGCGACAACCUUACCUAACUUUAGGUUUCUUAGGUCUAGUAGAGUAAAUACACACACACAUAUAUAUAUGUAUAUAUUUUCAGUUGUAUAUAUAAUUCAUAUAUAUGAGUUUUCAGUUGCAUAUAGUCCUGGGGACCAUUCAGGCUUGUUCGCAUAUGUAUAUAUAUAUAUGUGUGUGUGUGUGUGCUAAAUUAGGUCUAAAACUGCUUAUUUAGGCGUGAUAAGGUUAAGUUAAAUUCAUGGUUAAUGUUUACAUUUUUGUCAUUAGAAUUUAACAGUACAAAAAAAUGUGGAGUUUUGUUUUUAACAAAAGGCCACAUUUUGUGCAUUUCAUCCAUAUAUGGAUGAAAUAGUAUAGCCAUAGAGUAGCUAUGGGCACGAUUGUAUUUUGUAAGAUGGUUUGAAACGUAGCCAGUGUAGUUUCUGAUAUAUUUUUUUAAAGAUUCGUCUUUGCUUUAUAAUGUAUUUCCUUUAAAGUUUUGUAACUGUAAUGUUUAUGAAAUGUUUAUCGUUGAUGUAUAUGAAUGCAAAGUUGCCAUAGUCUUAAGAAUAAGAUGCGCCAAGUCCUGUCCAACUAGGACAGCAUUUGGUGUUUAUUGUCAAUAAACUAAAAAUUUUAUUCAAAGUUACUUGAACUAGCAUAACCUUAGGUUUGGACAAUAAAUGUACUAAUAUUGAUCUCUGAGAGAGAGAGAGAGAGAAAGAGAGAGAGAGAGAGAGAGAGAGAGAGAGAGAGAGAGAGAGAGAGAGAGAGAGAGAGAGAGAGAGAGAGAGAGAGAGAGAGAGAGAGAGAGAGAGA